AUUCGAUACCACCUAUCUGACGAUUCAAUAUGACAUGUCGUUCGCUUCAUUUGUUGGAGUAAAUCAUCACACUCAUUCUAUCUUACUUAGCUGUGGAUUGCUAUCAAGUGAGGAUUUUCCAACAUUCACAUGGUUGUAUGAAACAUGGUUGAAAUGUAUGGGUGGACAUGCUCCGGAUGCCAUUAUAACAUACCAGAAAGUAGCCAUGAGAAUAGCAAUUGAAAAGCUGCACUGUGUGAAAUCGAACAACCGCUUCCCAAGCGCGAUCAGCGUUGUAAUGGCAAAGAAGUCCAAGAAGCAAGGAGAGGUAGGACGGAGUGGAGACCAGGAACCGUCGGAUGAAGAAAGAUCUAACCUAAGGGGAGAAUUUACACCGGUUUGACCAAACCAAUCUGAGGUAACAAGACCUAAUUCAGCUUUAAAUUCAGCAUUAAAUGUGUCUGCAUUGAAAUUAGGUUUUGGAAAAUGGAACAAAACAAAGAUAAUUGAGGUUGGGGAACGAUUUGGUACUAAAAAUCAUGCUGAAUCAGAGACAAUUAAGCCAGGCAAUACUUCGAUAAUUGGGGAAAAUUUGAUCCGAAGAAAUUGAUGAGUACUGAAAGGAAACUGAGCUUCAUUGAACCUAGAAUGGUGAAUAAUCAAAGUGUUAUCAAAAUUACGGUGGAUGAUGUUUAGGUGGAGUAAGACUAUUAGAAAACUUGUGUUUGUUGUUUUGUGUUUGGAGCUAAGCCUCCAUUUGCUAUGAUCAGUGGCUAUAUUCACUGCUUGAGAAUGGUUUAUAUGUGGUACGAUUUAAGUCAACGGCUGCAAAAGAUGAGGUACUUCGAUUUAACCUCUAUCACUUUGAUAGCGGUCCAUUUAUAGUGAAAGAUUGGAGUGUUGAAGAGGAGAUUGAUAUGAACGAAGUAAGGAAGGUUCCUGUUUGGAUUCAACUACCAAAGUUAAAACUGAAAUACUGGAAUGCUGUCAACUUGAGUAAAAUGAUCAGUAGCAUUGGGAAACCGAUUGAAAUGGAUGAAAUGACUUCUCAGAGAAUGAGAUCAAGCUAUGCUAGAGUGUUAGUAGAACUAGAAACCAAGGAAACCUUGCAGGAGUCUGUCUGGUAUGAAGAUGAACGUGGUGAUUUACAAGAACAGAAGAUUUAUUAUGAAUGGAAACCAGUGAGGUGCAAAUAUUGUGGUGGGUUUGGGCGUGAGACUGGAAAGUGCAGAAUUCUUGCUAAGAAGGAAUGGUUGAUUAGCAAGCGAAUGUCGGAUCUACAAUCAACUGUGACCAGUAAGCAAAGUUAACAGGAUGGCAAAAAGGUGAUUGAAAUAAAUGAAGAGGGGGAUAAGGAUCAUCAGGUGAUUAAAGUUAAUCAGUUAACAAAAGCAAAGAGCCCAACAGGGCAGAGAGCUAGUCCCAAUAAGCAGGGGAAUAAGCAGGAGAAUGAUGAGAAUGAAGGAUCAAAAUACUGAAUCAGAAGGGAAUCAGAGUGAAUGAGGGAAGGACAAAUGAUAAAUUGAGAUCGGUCAACAAAUUAUGUUAUCAUGGCACUAUUAACCCUUUUAUAGGGCCUAGUAACCAUGAAUAACAUACUAUCUUGGAAUAGUAGGGGACUUAAUAGUCCCUUGAAACAUAGGGAAGUUACCAAUUUCCUAUAUGUUAGUAAGAUUGGAGUGGCUGGGAUACUUGAAACAAAGCUAACAUGGGAGAAAGUGAAGGAAAUAAUGCUAUGGAAAUGGAAGGAGUUUGAAUAUCUGAGUAAUCAUGUGGGAAAGGAUAAAGGAAGAAUACUUUUGCUGUGGCGAAAACAAGAAUAUGCUGUGAACAUAUUGCAAGUCACAAGUCAACUUAUUCAUUGCCAGGUGAAGGAGAAUGGUAAAGAGUAUAUGUUGACUGUGGCAUAUGCAGACUAUACAGUACAAGGUAGAGUACAAUUAUGGAAAGAUCUAAUCAGCCUAGCAGGUGGUGUUCAAGGAGCUUGGUUGUUAAUGGGAGAUUUCAACUGUAUUCUAUAGAAGGAAGAAAGGAAAGGUGGAAGAGAAGAAAUUAGUGGUGAUACUGACAAUUUCAGGGAGAUGAUGGAAACUAAUGAACUAUGGCAGUUAAGCACUUAUGGAGGUGAAUACACAUGGACAAAUAAGCAGAUAGGAGAUCAAAAUAUCAUGGCAAAGCUAGACAUAAUACUUGUCAAUGCUGACAGGAUGAUAAAGUAUUCCACUAGUUAUGCUAAUGUAUUACCUGCUGGUGUUUCAGACCAUAAUCCAUUAGUGAUUAAAUGGAAAGAUGGGAGACAGGAAGGAAAGAGAUCUUUCAAAUUCUUUAAUAUGUGGAUAGAACAUUCAGAGUUUGAAGGGAUAAUAAUAUCAGCAUGGAAGAAGCAGAUUGAUGGUUGUAAACAGUUCAGGGUGGUUCAAAAGAGGUUCUCUGAAAAAGAAGUUGAAACUGUUGAAUAAAAGAUGUUUUGCAGACAUUGAACAGAAGGAAAUAGAUUGGAGGCAUAAGCUGGAGGUUGUUCAGAAGACAAUAAUGAUUGAUCCUGGGAAUGUUGAACUCCAAAAAGAGGAAAAGGAGGUUAGUGAGACAUAAAGUAUGUUGCCAAGCAGUGUUGAGUUUUUGGCAACAAAAACUCAAAGAGAAAUGGGUACAAGAAGGUGAUAUGAAUACUAGAUACUUUCAUGCUAGUAUGAAGCAAAAGGCAAAUAGGAACAGAAUUAGAUAAUAUGUUGAUGAUCAGGGUGAAUUGGUAGAGGAAUGGCCUAAAGUUGGAAAGCAUUUUUUGGACUACUAUAUUGAUCUACUGGAACAGAAAAGACAAGAACAUUAGCAAAUAGAGAAGUAUUCAAGUCAGGAAGCAAGUUGAAUUUCCAUCAGCAACUCUCUCUGAUUGAAGACUUCACUGUUGCUGAUGUUAAGGAAGCAUUAUUUGAUAUAGAUAUGGAUAAAAGUGAAGGGCCAGAUGGGUAUAGCAGUGGGUUUUAUAGAAGAAUGUGGCAUCUAGUAGGAAAGGAGAUUGGCGAAGCAGUUUUGGAGUUCUUUACUACUGGGAAGUUACUUAAGCAACUUAAUACUACCUUAAUUAGCUUGAUCCCAAAGACUGAAUCUCCAAGAGGUGCAGCUGAAUAUCGACCUAUCUCCUGUUGCAACACCUUGUACAAAUGCAUUUCUAAAAUGCUUAGCAAGAGAUUGAGUCAAGUACUGCCAGACUUGAUUUAUCUUAACCAGGGUGCUUUUGUACAAAAUAGACUCAUUCAGCACAAUAUCUUACUUGCUCAGGAGUUGAUCAGGUUGUACAGGAGGAAAAAUGUUGCACCUAGUGUUGUUAUGAAGGUGGACUUGAAGAAGGCAUAUGAUUCUAUUCAUUGGGAAUUUAUGGUGGUAAUGCUCAAAGAAUAUGGUUUCCCUCAGAAAUUUGCUGACUGGAUUAUGACCUGUGUGACAACUUGCUCAUAUUCAGUUAAUCUUAAUGUUAGUAGCACUGGUUUUUUCCAAGGAAAGAGAGGUUUGAGGCAAGGUGAUCCGAUGUCCCCUCUUUUUUUGUUUUAGUUAUGGAAUAUCUCACAAGAAUGCUGAAAAUGGAAGCUACUAAAGCAGGAUUUGUCUAUCAUCCAUACUGUGAAAGACUGGGGAUUGCUUCUCUAAGUUUUGCUGAUGAUUUCGUUAUUUUCAGUGGGGCUGAUAGACAUACAGUGGCAAGGAUCAAAGAGGUGCUGAUGAACUUUGCUGAUACAACUGGACUUAGUGUUAAUAUUGGGAAAUCUAACCUCUAUUUUGGAGGGAAUACAGAUGAUGUUGAGGAUGAUAUAAGACUGAUCAUAGGCUUUGAAGUGGGAGAGUUCCCAAUAAGAUAUUUGGGAAUGCCUGUUUCACCUACUUCUUGGACUAAAAGUGACUGUCAGUGUAUGGUGGAUAAGAUCAUAGCAAGAAUUAGUUGCUGGACUUCUAGAAACCUCUCAUAUGCAGGAAGAGCCUUACUGGUAAACACUGUACUUUUAAGUCUUAAUGCAGAUUGGGCUGGUACAUUUCUAAUCCCUCAGGCCUCAGAGUGUGAUUCAACAAAUCAUCAGUGCUUGUAGAACAUAUAUGUGGGGGAAGAAUGAUAAUGGGAAAUGUUGGGCAUUGGUUGCUUUGGAUGGAAUUUGUUGUAGAAAGACUGAAUGUGGACUGAACUUAAAAGAACCAAGGCAGUGGAAUAUACCAUUGCUUGGUAAACAACUUUGGGACUUGGAGAAUAAGAGGGAAAGCCUAUGGACAAAGUGGAUGCAUGAAUAUUAUUUCAAAGGCAAGAGUAUAUGGGAUUAUAAAGUCCAUCAUGAUUGUAGAUGGCACUUUAAAAGGUUGAUGAAGAUAAGAGAUAAGUUAAAAGGAGGAGUACAGAACAGGCAGUGGCAAGCCAAUGCAGGGAAAAGCUAUACUGCAAGGUCAGGCUACAUAUGGUUGAGAGGUGUGAAAGAAAAGUAUAGUCCAGCAAGGAUUAUAUGGAGUAAGUUUAGCUUGCCAAAGCACAGCUUCAUCAGUUGUCUGGCUUGGAAAAACAGGCUACUUGCUGCUCAAAGAUUGGAGAAGAUGAACUUGGUUGUGACUGAUAAUUCGUGUGCAUUAUGUCAGAAGGCAGUGGACAGUAAGCAACAUCUAUUUUUUAGAUGUGAAUAUGCUCAACAGUUGAUUAAUGAAAUGAAAGCUUGGCUGGGGAUAAGGAAGGAUAUAAAGAAGCUGAGAGUGCAUGAUUUACUGGCUGUUUGGAUAUCGAAAAAACCAGUAAGGCAUCAAGUACUAUAUGCAAGUUUGAAUGCAGUGAUCUAUAGUAUUUGGAGAGAACGCAAUGCCAUAAGAGUUGAGAGAAGGCACAGGAUCCGAAGGCAAAAGUUGAAGCUGUAAAACGAGAUGUGCAGUGGAAAGUUCAGUCUAAGUUAUAAAGGUUAGGUUACAAGAUCAAGUUUUUUUGCAGCAACUAGGGAUGAGGUGGAAUUGUACAAAAGGAUGUAAUAACUAAGUAGGAGAGUGUACAGUGUUUUG